AUGGUUAUGAGAAUUAAAGAAAAGCUUUUUCAAUUAAUUAAUGAAAUGAAUCUUAAUGAUAAAGCCCUUGUGCUUACUACAAAUAAUGAUGCAAAAAUGAUUAGAUGUGGUAAUCUUAUGUUAUACAAAUUAGAAGAAACUUGUGAACAUUGUGAUUUUCAUCACUAUAGAUGUGCUGUUCAUAUUUUAAAUUUAGCAGUAAAUCAUGGAAUGGUACUAAGAGCUCCUAUUAUUGAUAAAGUAAGAAACACAUUUUUAAUGUUGGAAAAAUUUAAACAUAUGCACGAAGAACUUAAUUAUCCUAUGUAUAAAGCAACUAAAAUGCUAUCAUCUUCAUCAUACCCAACUGUUAGUGAUAUUUGGUUAACUUUCAUAGGAAUUUUUCGACACAUUGAGUUAUAUAUAGAAAAUCAAAAUCAUUCAAUUGAAAAAUGUAUGAUGGCAGAUUCUAUAUGUAAAAAACUAGAAGAUUAUUGGACAAUUAUAGAUAAAUCUACUAUUAUUUCAACUUUGUUAGAUCCUUGUUCAAAAUUACUCACUUUUUCAAUAGAAGAAAAAAGAAAUCAAGCUAUUAAUAUGCUUUGUUCUAAAAUGAAUAAUUAUACAUCAAAAUUAAAUAACUCAAAUUCUAAAAAUAAUAUUUUAAAAUCUUCUAGUACUAGAUUAUUUUUUGAAAAUUUAAUUACACAACAAAAUAAUCAAGUUAAUCAAGCUCAACCUUGA